CUUGUAUAACAAAGUAUCACUUGAAAAAUUACAGCCCCAUAACCGAAGAUACAUUCGAUGCCUGCGCGCGCUGUGAAGGCUACGCUCCCGCAGCACCCCAUAUUCUUGAUGGAUAUCUCUGUAUCUUGUUGCGCGAAGGAGGUUCGUUCCCCGAGACUACCUCUACGCAGCUACGACAGAGACCAGACGCACUUUUCUCAAAACCGAAGGGGGAACCAUUCAAGUACUCCCCUCAGUUAUACAUGUGCUUGGAACCCCCGAAGAAUACGUUGGUAGCCCGCGUAUCCAUCCCAGGAUUCAGAGUUGUAUUGAACCAACAUUCACCUUACGCUCUCAGAAUUUGUCAACUCAAUAGCUCCAUAAGUGAGCUUCUUGAUCCAAGUCGCCCAGCUGAUAUGCUCCGGUACCUCAUAACAACUCACGACAGCGGGUUUUUUCACAUCCAGUCGAUUCCCAAGCCCGGACUGACACAAACAGAGGGUCCAGAGGUAUACGAAGCUUUAAUCGGGAUGCGCUCGGACUAUCACGACCGACUCAGUUGCCGCACUUCGACGGACCAGAGUACACUCGACUGGGUUCUCUCAAGAACCACUGUUGUUGAUCCCAUGUCACUGGCGUCGACUUGGCAUCAACGAAACGAGUGGUCAGAUCGAUCUUACGUAGUCCUUCCUGAUCGAAGACACGUUCUCGCGGCGGCCCUCAAAAAGCCCAGCACGUACCCUGUGCUGGUCCUUUCUGUCCAUCUAUGGAAAGGGGCACACGCAGAGGCGCUACAUGAUGCGCAAAAGAUGAAAUCAGUCAGCCCAAGUCGAAACGUUGAUACCAGUGACUCUCGCCAUAUUACGACAUCUGCGGAGGAGGCGAAAGCAGCGUCAAGAUGAAUCCACAGAGCGAAGGCAUAGUCUGCUAUCGCUCGGAGACAUUUCGAGAGAUGGCCGUCCAUACCAUACGUUACAUAGCAUUAAUCCUUUCACUCCUUAUUUUUACCGGCUUAGCUUUCUUCACUAGAUUUACCAAUCUAUUUAAGAGCUGGGAGGUCUUAUAUUAUUACUGACGAUGUGUAACAUUGCCACAUUAUUGGAUAGCGGAGCGGACUCAGCAGUACGAAUCCGCAGACUAGAGUGUCACCUUUAGCAGCUCUUGCGUGAACCACUGGGUCCAUUACGCUGACUAGAGGAGCACCGAAUACAUUAUGCCCUGCAUCCCCUGAACUCCAGG